AUGUAUCGCGACGAACCCUAUUGGGGCGCUCCGCUGGCCGCGUUUGGCGACCCACAGGCCCGUUUGUUGGUGGUUGGUCUGGCUCCGGCGGCCCACGGUGGCAAUCGCACCGGCCGGAUGUUCACCGGCGACCGCAGCGGCGACUGGCUGUUUGCGCGCUGA